CGUUGAGUGGAAAAGUAGCUCAGACACGCUAAGGCGCGACUCGACGCGACGCGACGUGAAUUUCAAUUAGACGUGCGGACUACUUCCAGCUCAACCCCGGCUAUACACACCUCUAUAAUGGCAACAACAAAACGGCCAGAGAAGCCCUUUGCGGUGCCGGCAAACCCAAUCCCCUCAUCGUCGCCCGCUUUCGGCACGCCCGUCCAUCCCAUCAAUCCCCGCCGAACAGCCCCAAUACGCGCCCCUCCCGCACUGAGGCCUGCUCCUAAAUCAACCGUUCUCCCUGUGCUACUCCCACCGGCGACCCUCCGUCCACUCGCUUUCCGCACGUUCACCAAGAAACACAACCUUACCCUCACAUCGUCUGCGCUCAACGCACUAGCGAGCUUCAUUGGGAAGCACUGCGGCUCGGGAUGGCGGGAGGAGGGUCUGGCGGAGAAGGUGCUCGAAGAGGUAGCCAAGAGCUGGAAGAAGAGCGGGGGUCAGGUGAUUGUCGAGGGUGAGAGCGAGACGCUGAAGAGCAUACUGAAGACGUUGGAGGGUUCCAUGGCUGGAGGGAGGAUAGCACAGGGCUCGACCAUGGGCAGGCAGAGCAGCUUCAACUUUGGGCCAGAGCAACAUGGCCAGCCAUCUCGACCGCCGCUGGACGCCUUGUCGAGCUUUGGCAUGUCGAGUCUGGAAGUGGAAGACAAAGAGGAAGAGGAAGACCUGCUGAAGGACCCUCGCGAGUGGCUGAAGGUCAUCGGCGCAUUUGAACAGCCAAAGCUGCUCUACAACGUCACCCAGAAGCACUAUGAGAAAUCGUCCUCGAAACCCUCUCUCUUCCCCAGCCCCGCCCACAAGACUGAACUCUUCCGCCAACGCUACCACAUCGUCCACCAGCGCGUCCUUCGCAACGAAACCUUCCAAAUACCCACCUUCUCGGCCACUCGCUCCGCAACACUGAGUCGCACGGGCUCCGUCGCCAUCUCGCAAACCAACACAAUCACCCCUAUUGCCAACCUGCUAGGCCGGAAUGGAAGCACACAUCUGCUACUGGGCAUGCUCACUGUCUCGGCAACCGGCGCCCUCUCCCUCUCCGACCUGACAGGCACAAUAGCACUAGACAUCCAGCAUGCACGCCCCAUACCAGAGAACGGCGCCUACUUCGCCCCCGGCAUGAUCGUGCUAGUAGAAGGCAGCUACGAAGAGGACUACGCCGCCGGCGCAUCCUCAUCUCUCGGGGGCCAAGGAGGCAUAGGCGGAACCAUCGGCGGCAAAUUCCUCGCCUUCUCCGUCGGCCACCCCCCCUGCGAGCGCCGCACAACCACGCUCGGCGGCGCCGAAGAAAUCGAUAAAAACAGCCUCGCCGGCCCAGCAUUCGGCUGGACAGACUUCCUGGGCGUCGGCUCCCACCGCGCAACAGGCACGCGCAUGUCCCGCAUCGCCGCAAAGCUCCUCGACGCCGACACCCCCCACAACGUAGUCAUAGCAUCAGACCUCCACCUCGACAUCCCCUCCACCCUCGCCGCCCUCCGCACCCUCCUCCGCACCUACUCCCCCGCUACCCCAACAGCCCCGCCCCCCGCCUACCCCCUCGCCAUCAUCCUAAUCGGGAACUUCAGCUCCAAAGCUAGCCUCGCCGGCGUCCCCCGCGCAGGCAGCAUAGAAUACAAAGAGCACUUCGACGCCCUGGCCUCCGUGUUAUCAGACUUCCCACAACUCAUCGCUCACACAACACUCAUCUUCGUCCCCGGCGACAACGACGCCUGGCCCAGCGCUUUCUCCGCCGGCGCUGCUACCCCGCUGCCCCGCAAACCUGUCCCAGCGCUGUUUACAAACCGCAUUCGCCGCGCUGUCGCUGAGGCGAAUCGCGAGGUUUGGGGCCCUGGGAAGGCCCGUGGGAAAGAGGGGGAUGUGCUGUGGACUAGUAAUCCCGCGCGGCUGAGCUGGUUCGGCGUGAAGGGUGAACUGGCUAUUCUGCGCGACGACGUGACGGCGCGGUUACAGCGGACUAGCAUCCGGUUUAAUAAGCCCACCGACGACGAUGCAGGUGGUGGGGAGGAAAUGGACAUCGAUCCCGACAUUUCUACACCACCUACGCAAGCCCACCAGCUGCCAACGGAUACCCAGACUGCUCGCGCAUUAACCCGCACUCUGCUCUCGCAGGCGCAUCUCUCGCCCUUUCCGCUCGCGGCGCGCCCGCUGCAUUGGGAUUAUGCGCAUGCGCUUACGCUGUAUCCGCUGCCUACUGCGCUUGUUGUUGCGGAUGCGGGCGCGCCGGCGUUUGUGGUGAAGUACUGUGGGUGUACGGUUAUGAAUCCGGGGAGUUUGGAUGAGAGUGGGGAGGGGGGGAGGCGGGAGGGGAGGGCACGGUGGGUGGAGUAUGAUGUUAGGGGGGGGGGGGGGGGGGUGAGGGUUGAGGGUUGA